AAGAGUCUUCCUUCAGACACUGUAUGAGGAUUAAAGGGAUAGUUUGUGCAUUAUUAUACAAAACUUGGUACAAUUAUUGUCAAUGCCCUCCUGAGGAUAACCCUUUAAGGUUUUAUUGAUCGGCCCCUAGGUGGCACUGUGGUGGCAGUCUUAUUUCAUAUUUGGUACCGUGGCAACACUAUAACACUUGCAGUACUAAAAUACAGCACUACAUUAUAUUUAUUUCAACAUCAGUUUGGGAUAUGUGUACUUCACUCAUCCAAUGACGUCAUUGGGCCGUGCCCCUUAUCUCCAGGAACUCUGCCACGUCAUACAGAAGGGCUCAAGCCAGGCGGAAACAGCAGCCGAAAACACCCACGUUGUUCAGCUCAAUGAUGUAGCCCAGCCUCCUACAACUACUAACAGAGCCACCCGGUUGUCACUACACGUUACCUCAGUCUGGGAAUUCAACUGGACCAUCUCUCCUGGUGUGUUUUUUUACAGAGAUUGUGGAAUGCUGCUUGACGAGACUCCACUUUUUGAGCCCUCCCUGCUUCAGGAGCUGGACUGGAGUAGCAACACUGUCUCCUUCUCUCCCCACAUUUCCCCAUCCAGUCCAGGGGAAGGCCUAGUACUCAGGCCACUCUGUACGGCAGACUUCAACAGGGGAUUCUUCAAGGUUUUAUCUCAACUCACUCAGACAGGCGAUGUCACACCAGAGCAGUUUACAAAAAAGUUUGAGCAUAUGAAGAAGACGGGGGACUACUAUGUCGUUGUGGUGGAGGACACAAAUCUGGGACAGAUUGUUGCUACAGCCACACUGAUCACAGAACACAAAUUCAUCCACUCCUGUGCAAAGAGAGGCAGAGUGGAGGAGGUAGUAGUCAGUGAUGUGUGCAGGGGGAAGCAGCUGGGCAAACUGUUAGUUGCAGCUCUUACUCUUCUCAGCAAAAAACUGAAUUGCUAUAAAAUCACACUGGAAUGCGCACCCAACAAUGUGGCUUUCUACCAAAAGUUUGGAUACACCGCCUCACACGAGACCUACAUGCAGUGCCGUUUUUCCAACUGAGGACACCAGCAGCUUCAAACCUGUUUUGGAGAGGCACGGACCACACCUUCUCACACCCACUGACAUCAGAACUUGCAUUGACAACUCGUCUUAAGGAAUGGGAGAGCUGCCCAAGGAUGAGUUUGUGGUUGUGAGUCGGUCCUAAAUGCUCAUCCCGAUUUCAACAAACUUGAAUAAUCAUAAAUGUAUGUUGAAGCCCUCCGCUCAGUCCUAAAUAUACUCCGCCCCUUUGGUAACCAUGGCUACCUCACCAGGGUCAGGCUCCGUCAUUGUCUUCCAGCACCAUCCGAAGAAAAGAAUGUCAGUUACUGUAAAUGUUAUGUCUUACUGUGUUACAUCAUUAUUAUUAUUAAUAAUUUGCUCUGCACUAAUAGAGAGAAAAUAGAAAUGAUAUCUGAAGCUAGCUUUCUGAUAAGAAAGAAUUAAGAUGGUACCAAAUUAAGUUAUAUUUCUGAAGCAACGUAAUGAUUAUUAAAUUAUUUACUGCAGCUUCUUAAGUACACUACAAAAAGUAUGCUGGUAGGAAUUAUUAAAAUCACAUUUAGUUCAACAGAUCUGUGGCAUUGAUCAUAAGGGCAAGUCACCAAAGAAAAGCACUUUUGCUUCCUUUAAUAUGAUUAGUUAUUACUUUGGGUUUUUUAUGGUUUCAUUUUUCAGAUAUGGCCUCUGCAAAGUGCUCAAAAUUUCUGCAUCAUGGCUUUCUUUGGCAGUAGUGUAGUGUGUUCAUUCAUCAAGACUGUUAAUAAUGUAUUUCUAUUGAAUAAAAAGAUUUAUAUUUCGUGA